CUAGUAAUAAACGCCAUCUGUCAGUGCCGUCGUGUUCACUACAAUUUGAAUUAAAAUGUUCAACGGUAUAUUUUCUGGGCUUUUAAUAAUUGUCAUUGCGCAGUAUACAACUGCUAACGAUGAUAUAAAUUACUCAACAAUGAUGCCACUUGAACUUAACCUCUUCGUUCAAGACCAUGAAUAUGUUCUUGCUUAUUAUGGUGAGCGAUAGUAUAUGCUUAACACUUUUAGUAUGCAUUUAACUUUAUUUAUUUAUUAUAGAGUAUAAAAGUAAUAAUUUCUGUCAAUUGAAAAUUUUCUUUUUAUAGAUUAAAUUAAAUUAAGCAAAAGUGUGUUUUAGACAUUAUACUUCUCUUAAAAUUAACAUGCAACUUUUUAACUGGUCAUUUAGGCUAAAUUAAUUUUUAAAAAAUGGUAAUAUUCUCUAAAGAAAUGUUCUACAUGUUGAAAUGGAUAAGAGUCAAUAAAAGUUUUUACAAAUCAAUUAUAAACAACUGUUAAAACAAAUUUCUACAAAACACAAUUUUGAAUAAACAGCUCCAACAGAUUGCGAAAAUUGUGUAGAACAGGAAAAACUUGUUAAAGACAUUAUUGGUUCAUCUUACAUAUCUACCUUAUAUGGAGUUAGAAUUCUAAGUUAUCCAUCAUUCAUCAAUAAACCGUCGCUUAUAUUCUUUAGAAAAGCAAUGCCCAUGAUCUAUCCCUCACCUAUGAUAGAGAAAAAUGAUGUUAUUAUAUGGCUAGAACAACAUAAGAAUGUGGUAAUGAGGAUCUUAACCGAUGAUAACUUUGAACACCUUACUCAAGCAUCAACAGGUGCUACUACAGGAGAUUGGCUAAUUAGCUUUGAAAAGUCCGGUUGUGACCAAUUUACUCCUCUAUUGGAGGCUGUCGCCCACCACCUACGUCAGAAAAUUAACGUGGCAACAGUAGAUUUGACAAGACAAUUAGAAUUGAGAAAGAGAUUCAAGAUAGAGGGUUGUCCUUCAAUAUAUUUAUUUCGACAUGGUAAUAUGUACGAAUACUCUUUCAAAGAGUUUACCUUUCAAAGUCUCACCGAAUUCGCAGAGAAUACCUACAAACAUAGUAAAGCCGAGAAAGUUCCAAAUCCUCAAAGUCCCUUUGAUAAACUAGUUGAAUAUGUCGUUGAUCGUCUAAAAAAAUCAAGAACUCUUUUCUACACUCUAAUUAGUAUCCCCAUUAUUAUAGUUCUUAUCAGUCUUUACAUUGUUAGAAAAAGAAGGAUUGACCAAAAGAGAUUCAAGCUUCACUAAAAUAAGGAAAUAGACAAUUUUCUAAGGAAACUAGUCAAUUUAGCAGGAAAGGUAAAAAAGAUCAACCUUCCUUUUAUUGUCUUAUCAAGGAAUCCGGGACUUCACUUUUUUAAAAGAUAAUAGCUGAAUAUUUAUUAUAGAAAAUUGAAUAAAAUUUUUGUCAAAAAGAAAAUUCUUUUAGUGGGAUUCAAUAUUAUUGUUCAAUAAUCUAAAAAAAACAAAAAUUAUACAUGAUUUUUUACAAAGGGUAAAUUUUUGUAGAAUGAAACAUUUAAAUCAGUUUUCUCUUCAUUUCGCUUGUAGAACCACUCUUCCAUGCAGCUGAGAGUUAAGGGAUCUUGAUCUAUAUCAAAUUUGUUUACAAACAAUUCGUACCUAUCUGCUAGUCUAUAUAAAUCCCCUAAUCCGAUAAUGCAGAUAAACCUUUGCCAUGUUCCGCUGCAUUUUUCAACCUUGGUCCACCAAAUUUUAUAUCUGGAAACAAAUGGUUUUAAAUCAGGAUUACCUUUGUAAGAGCCAGGAACUUUAAGAUGAGGAGAAUGAUUAAGAGAUGAGAAAUAGUGUUCAUCAGGAACUCUAAUGUCAGCCAUCCAAUACAACAAAUCACGAGCGAUUUUUGAGUUUAGAACAUAUCCUAUGAAUUUUCUAGAUACUGCCAUAUGAGCCGAUCCUUUAGUUAUAAGAACUUCGUGCGGUACAGGACCCUUUCGAGAGUUAGUUCUCCACCACUCUGUUCUCCAAGAAUAUUCGGUCCAUGCGAUAGGACGUUUGUGGGGGGUGCCAUCAACAUCGUUGCCCCCAUUGAAAGCAUGCAAGAUUUUUACCAAUUGUUUGUUGGUUUUUAAUGGAAAAUCUUGUCCUGUUAAAUUUAUAAGGUAUUUCCAUUUUGUUGUUGAAUUGUACAGUUUCUUGAGACACAUUAGUUCAGCCUGAACAACAGUUAUUUCAGCCCACCGGACAGAUAUAGGAUUUUCAAUCGUCAAAACGUUUUGAAAGCACUUACCUAUUGACUUGAUGGCACUUUGCAUACUUUCAGAUGCUUUGGCGUCAACGUGAAUACAAUAAACAUUGUGAGGGCGAUAAAUUGCUCUAAGUAAACGUUCGGUUUGCUCCGCUGACUUAUAAACAAGAAUUGAAUAUGCAAUAGGGAACUUCUUCUCUUCUUUUGAGGAUUUGAACUUGUUAUAACCUCUGUCCAUUUUAAACUUCUUACAAUCUUUCGUCAUGUCGAUAUAUUCACUGUCAGAUAUGGCAUUAGGUCGGUAGCACCAUUUAUAAUCUCUCAUCCUUAAGAGUUCCGAAGUUCUUGUCGGAGACUGUGAAAAAAAUGCAGUGCAGUCAACUUCGAAAGGAGGAUCGUAGAUUGAAUAUCUUUUAGUCGGGACUCUGGAUUUGAAUACUGAAGGGCACACAACACUUUCAUAAUGAGGCUUUGAGAAUAUCAGAAAAAGGAUAGUAAGAGCGAUAAUAAGUGUAUAAGAGGAUGAUAACAAAUUAAUUGAAAACUUCAGAAUCAAGGCGAUGAAUGACCAAAUCUUUUUAUUCAUCCUAAUUUCUUCUUAGCUCAUGACAAAUUUCCUCAGCAAACACGGCUAAAAUUAUUUUAAAAAUACCAUAUCCUAACUAGACAGUAGCUUCCCUCAUUUUCGUAUUCGAAAGAACUUUAUACCACGUAAUAGCAAAUUACCGUUAUCGAAUGAUGAAAACUGUAACAGUUGUAUUUAACUCUAUUGAGUUUUAUUAACAAUUCAAUAAUAUUUGGCGAAAUAGUUAUUUUAUUCCCAGAACACUAUUUAUAUUGAUAGAAAGAAAAACGAAAAUUUGACGAUUUAAAUCAAUCACUAAAAAAAAUUUCGUAGAAUUAAUUAAUUCACUAAAGAAGCCUAUAGAAUGCUAUGAAUUAUAAAAUAAUAUUUUUCUAACAAUUUAAAGAUGAUCCGAGUUAUUUCUAGGAGAUAUAUCAUAUUUAUAAUUUUGAAGGGUACGAGGAUUCAUUAUUAAAAUAUUCAAUAUUACCCAAAGUAACUAAUCUGUCUUUAACCACUAUUUCAAAGUAAAAAUAGAAUUCAUUAAUUUUCCAACAGUUUGCAAUCAGAACAUCUCCAAGUAGACAUUCACCCUUAUAAGAAAUAUUUGCCUUUUUUACUUGAUUUCUUUCCGGUGAAAGUUUCUUAAUACACCUUUCCGUUAGAUGAAUAUAAACCAUAAAAUUUGUAUGGUUAUUAGCAUCUAUAUCAUUAUCAUCUAUGGUAUGUUCUGUUAUUCCAUCGGGCUUUCCUAGGUUUAUUAAUUUGACAAUUCUAUCAGGUAAGCUAUGAGACCACCUAGUAUAAAUCUUUUCUCUUGAGAAGUCUCUGUCAAAAAAAUCGGUUAUGGGUUUUCUCUUCUUGGAAUCAACCAUUACUGAUCUACUUGUAAAAUACACGAUAUCUUGACCGUCUAAUGUUUUUAUGAUAUAUUUUUCCCAUGCUGAUGAGGAUUUUAUAUUAUGUGUAAGGAAAUAUCCUCCAAAAUUCUCGAAUGAUUUUUUACUCUUUAGCAUCGUAUAAAAUGCAGGCAGGAAAAGUAUUUCGCAUUGUGCUAUAAAAAGUAGAGUUUUGCCACUAUUCCAUCUUAACGCAUUUGUAAACCCGUCGGGAACAUCAGUCUGGAAGACAUCUCCCAAAAACGUUCCAAGAGUUAAUGGAAAUGACGAAUAUUUUCGUAGCAGUUCCAUCUUCAUCUCUACGUUUUUUACACGAAUGGUAACAGGAUCUAUAACAUCAUAUUUUUUCUUUAAAUAUACUUCUAAAAUUGAUUCGUCUUCAAUUAAAUUCAUAUUUUACAAAAGUAUUUUCCAAAUAGUUCUAUUCAAGCAGACGACAGGAUUAGAGGUCAAAAUAUAAGAAAAAGCAGAGUUUUUUUAUAACAGUUUAUCAAUUGAUUUAAACUAUUUAUUAAAAGAUGAAUAGAUUAUUUGUGUACUAUAGACUUUUUAGACGAUUUUAUACAUUAUUUUAUCAGUUCAUUUUUAGCCUUUUACCAACUGUUGUCGGCAAAGUUAAGAAAGAAUUGAAAUCAUAUAAGUAAACAUAUGUGAAAAGCUAGGUCUCUAUUAAUAGUUUCAUGUUCAUGUUUAAGGCUUCUUAUAGUUGUGAUAUGAGUACUGUACACUGUUCAUAUAUUGAGUAUUUGCAAGCUGGUAUUAAAAAUAAAAAUCAGCAUUAUUUCAAUGUUGGUAGAUAAAUUCAUUCUUAAUAAGAGUUAAAUCUUAAUCGACGUAUCGUCACAUUUACUAUAGAAAUCUUUAGAAGUUUCUGCUAAUAAAAGAAUUAUAUUUAACCCUAUUUAUAUCUAAAAUUAUUCUUUUAAUUCAUUCUUUUCUUAUUUAUUUUCUUCGAAACAUUGAUUUUCUUUUCAAAAGUCUUCAGCAAUAAUAUCGUCAACAGAAAGUUUUGAACUCGCUAGUAUUACGAGAUAUGCAGAUUAUUCAAAUCAAUCGAUGGCAUAAAAAAUGUUGUCGAUUAUAAUAUAUUAAGAUUUAUAUAAAUUAUAUAAAAUCUUCUCAAAUCAUUAUUUAAAUAAAAGGAAAAAAUUUUUGACUUAUCUAUUUCUUUGCGAAGAGGAAAAGAUUGCUAUGAAUAGUAGUUAUUUUAUACAUUGGAAGAUACCUUCUAAACACUCACCCAAGUCUAUUUAUACCAUUAACAUCAUAUAUUGAUUAAAACAUAAAGACCAUUGGUCUUUU